UUUUAUCUUCUUUUUUUUUACCAUAAAUAUUUUCUGUAAAUUUUACUAUAUAUAAAAAAGUAUCAUAGUAAAUGGCAUCUUCAGCUGCUAUGAAUUUUUGGAAUAAUAGUGGCUUUGAACAAUCAUCAUCAUCAUCAAUGGCUGGUGGUGAACUUAUGGAAGCACUUGAACCUUUUAUUAAAAGUGCUUCCCCUUCUUAUUCUCAUGAUUCUUCAAAUUACCAAAAUACCCUUUUCCCCACUUCAUAUCCACACCCAGAUUACCAAAUCCAACAACCCGGCCCAUACCCGGAUUACCAAAUCCAAAACCAGUUCCAAUACAUCCAACCCAAUUCCUCAUUCGGGUUAACCCAACUUUACCAACCCCAAAUCUACGAAAAUUUAAACUAUCCACAAAAUAACUUGAACUACAUAGCUCCAGAAACUUUACCCGUUUCACAAUCCGGGUCACAACCCGAGUCACAAUACGGGUCACCUCCAAAACCCGCUAAAUUGUACAGGGGCGUUAGACAACGCCACUGGGGCAAAUGGGUAGCCGAGAUUCGGCUCCCCAAAAGCCGAACUCGUCUUUGGCUGGGUACAUUUGACUCGGCUGAGGAAGCCGCGCUAGCUUACGACAAAGCGGCUUACAAGCUGCGUGGAGACUACGCGCGGCUCAACUUUCCUCAGCUUUGUCCAGCCGGCUCGCAGAUAACAGAUUAUUCACCUUUGCAUUCAUCAGUUGUUGCCAAACUAGAAGCCAUUUGUCAGUGUAUGGCUGAAGGAAAGCCGGUUGACGGCGCAGGGAAGAAGUCCGGUGGACGGCGGUCGGCGGCGGCGAAGAAGAUGGCGCCGGUGCCGGAAGUUGUGAAAGUUGAAGGGUUUGAAAGUGGGUCGGAGAAUUCAUCGCCGUCUUCGGACUUGACCAUGCCGGAGUUCACGCAGGAAGAAGGUGGUUGGUCGGAAAAUUUCUCUUUGGAAAAGUAUCCGUCGUAUGAAAUAGAUUGGGGCUCGAUAUAGUAAUAAGUUUAUAGUAUAAGGGUAUCUAUUGUCAGUUUAGGUAAGUUUGAGGGAUUGAUUUUGUAAUUUUGGGUUUUAGUUGGGAGUUAACUGUAAUUAAAUUUUUGGCAAUUACAGUAACUUACCAGUUUAUUGUGGUAGGGGGUAGUAGUUUGGUAAAUUUGUAUUUUCUUUUUCUUUUUGGACGUUGGGAGAAUUUAGGAAAUCCCAUUUAUGUCCUUUUGUUGAAUGUAUUAGGGUGGUUAUUUUUUUAUUGACCAUAUAACCCUAAUCUAGUUCUUAAUGAUAUAUCUUAUUUAGUGUCUUA